AUGCAAUAUUUGAGAUACAGAAAAACUAGGAAAGUUAGGAGCCGCAGGACCUUUGAGAACAAUGCCAAUGAAAAUGAUGAUGGAACCACAAGCUUUAAUCAAACAAUUUCAAAAUUGCUACCUCAGGCUGCUACAAUUGAAAUCAUUAGUUUAACAACCGAACCUAAAAUCAAUGGUUUGAACGCUACGAUAUCUCUUAUAGUUGUUAAUUUCUUUAUCGGCGGAAUAGGCUAUAUGUGUUCUAAAUUUGCUUUAAG